GAGAGAGAUGUAGACAGAGUCCGCCUCCUUGAACAGACGCUCAGUGCGCAGAAACAGAGGCAGAGAGAAGUAGCGCGCGACAGCGCUCGUGCCCUCGUGCUGAAGGUGAGGGAGAGAGAGAACAGAGACGCAGCAGCAUCAGGCGCGCGCGCGAGGCUUCACGCGACCGCUCUGAAGUCCUCUUCCUGAAGAUGCUCGGCGCCGUCAUGCUGCUUGUGUGUGUGUUCGCGGCGGUGAUCAGCGGAGCGGCCGGCCGCCCGGACAACGGCAAUUUUCUAGACGACAAAUGGCUGAGCGAUCGAUGGGAUAAAUUUCGUGACGAGCCUGGAUCGUGGAACCCUGGCAAGCCACUUGAACCAGCUCUGGAUCCUGCCAAAGACCCCUGCUUAAAGAUUAAAUGCAGCCGGCACAAGCAGUGCGUGGCUGAAGACCACAAAACGCCGACUUGCGUCAGCCAGACGAGCUUAAAGAACUUGGAUUUAAGGCCUCUGCUGGAUAAGUGUAAGAGAUGUCCGGUGACACUUCAUGAACCGGUCUGUGCCACAGACAGACGCACUUAUCCUACUAAGUGUGAAAUGGAGUUUAAGGCAUGUCUCUCUGGAUCGCAGCUCGCAGUGCAGUGUUCAGGACGUUGUCCAUGUGGAUUGCAAAAGAACGAUGAAUGCAGUGAGGAAGAUUUGAACGACGUGGCGAGCAGACUGAGAAUCUGGAGCAGAAACGUGCACAAGACCAGCAAAAAGCCCAACCUGCCCAAACCAGACACGGCGUACGUGACCCAACCGCAAGACUGUAAAGGCUCCCUCGGCUGGAUUUUCACCAGAAUGGACAUGAAUUUCGAUCGUCAGCUGGACAAGUCAGAACUGAUCAGCCUGGAUCGGGAUCAUGGUGACGAGUGCACCAAGACUUUCCUUAGGUCAUGUGACCUGGGACGAGACCAGCUCAUCUCCAGCAAGGAGUGGUGCUCUUGCUUCAAGAGGCACCAGGACUCUCCAUGCCAGGCAAAGAUUUCCAAGAUUCACAAACAGCAAGCUAGAAAGAAACUCCUGGGUCAGUACAUACCCACCUGCGACGCUGACGGCUUUUACAAGCCUCACCAGUGCCAUGGCAGCAGCGGACAGUGCUGGUGUGUGGAUCGCUAUGGAAAGGAGGUCGCCGGGUCACGCAGGAUGGGCCCGGCCGAAUGCGUUGCAGUAAUGGAGGGUUCUGGAGACUUUGGAAGCGGGGACAUGUCGCUCUCAGACGACGAAGACGACGAUGCCUUUAACGAUCAGGAGGAUGCGGGAGACGACGGAGAAUACGAUGACGACGACAUCGACUACGGAUACUUGUCGUAAUCGUCAUGCGCUUGUUUUUUUUUUGCCUCUUUUUUUUCUAAAAGAGGAAUGGGAAACCAAAAGCCCGUUUUUAGGCAUCACUUGUAGAAACCAAGUACUAAUAUUACUAAUGGCUUAGAUAAAAAUAUAUUUCUCUCUCGCUGUGUAACAUUUGUAUUAAAAAAAAGAAGAAGAAACAAUAGAUCUGAUUAAUACAAUGCAUUUUAUUUUUGUUAUUUUGACGUUGCUAGGCAUCUGAGAGUGAAUUCGCUGUGUCCCUUUUUGGGCAGGAAGUAGGAAUGAUCUCACAGAGAGAAAGAGAGAGCUGAUGGCAUAUUUUUAAUAGGAUUUAUUCUAGCUCCAUGUUUGUUGGUGUGUGCGUGUAAUUGUUUUUACUGUACCUUAAAAUACGUACAAAAUUGUUGCACUGUUUCAGUUUUAAGUUCUAAAUGUAGAACAUUUUAAGGAGGAUACAGGAUUAGCACAUGUCUACCUAAAAAUCUCUACUUACUUAUAAUUAUCACACAUAAUUAUCACACAUUACUCCUAAACAGUGACGGGUGGACAGAUGGACCACUGGAUGGUCCUGAGACAUUUCGACCUGGACAUGUCUCACUUAAUACGAUCCUGGUCUCGACUAAGAGUUUGUAAAUAUAGUAUUCCUAUUAUGAUUUCUUUUCGCAUGCAGAGUUUGACAAGAACUAAUUCUUUGUUUUAGAAAACAGCCUGCUCAUUGGCACAAAUCAAGUCAACUAGUUGAGAGAACUAGCAUAGUCGAUAAAUUAUUUAAUAAGGAAUAUUGACAAUGUCUUGGCUAGCGAUGGCAGAGUGAGAUUCUAUGUUGUUUGCAAUGGACUAUCACUUUUACUUGUGUAUAAUUGCAUAUUCGUAAUCACAUAUUCGCAAGAGAAUUUGCAAUUUUGCUGUGGCAUACAUGAAAUUAAGUCUUGCUUGACCUUGACUCAUAUGAACUUGAUAUCCACUCAUUUCGGCUCCUUAGAACCUCAUCGUGUCUUAAUUAAAGUUAUUUUGACUCAGUUCGUUCUUGCCUCAUUUGAACCCCAGCUUGACCAAUUGGAACUCCAUCUUAGCACAGUUGCAGCCCCAUCUUGACUCCAUCACAACUUCUUUAAACUCAGUCUUGGCUUUUUGGAACUCCAUCUUGACUCAUUUAGGUUCUACCCUGACUAAUUUAAGCUACUGAACUCCAUUUUGAUUCCAUUUUAACUCAAUUAGAACCACGUUUGACUUUGACAUGUCUCAUUUGAACUUUAUCUUAGCUUAUCCUAAAUCCAUAUUGACUCUUUUGAACUUUAGCUAUUUCGUUUGGAUUAAUUCAUGACUCGUGAAUUUCCUCAGUUAUUUAGACUCCAUCUUGACUCAUUUGAAUUCUGUCUUGACUCAUUUAAACUUCACCGUGUCUGAUUUGAACUCCAUCUUGUCUCAUUUGAACUCCAAAUUGACUCAUUUUAACUCCAUCUUGACUCAUUUAACUCCAUCUUGACUCAUUUAACUCCAUCUUGACCCAUUUGAACUCUAUCCAUCAUCACUUGGAUUCCACCUUGACUCAUUUGGAACUUUUUCGUGUCUCGUUUGAAUUCUAUCUUGACUCAUUUGAGCUCAGUCCUGACUCAUGUGAACCUCAAUCUUCACUUCUUUGGUCUCUAUCUUGACUCAUUUAACUCCAUCUUGACCCAUUUGAACUCUAUCCAUCAUCACUUGGAUUCCACCUUGACUCAUUUGGAACUUUUUCGUGUCUCGUUUGAAUUCUAUCUUGACUCAUUUGAGCUCAGUCCUGACUCAUGUGAACCUCAAUCUUCACUUCUUUGGUCUCCAUCUUGACUUAUUUGAUGUUUUAUUUGAACUCACAUACUCAUUUGGAUUCCAUUUCAACUCAUUUAGCACCUCAUUUGACUUUGACAUGUCCCGCUUGAACUCUAUCUUAGCUUAUCCUAACUUCAUAUUGAAUCAUUAGUCAUUUUGUCUUGACUAAUUUGAACUCCAUCGUGUCUCAUUUGAGCUCCAUAUUGACCAAUUUGAACUCUAUACACCUUCAUUUGAAUUCCAUCUUAACUCACUUGGAGUCCACAUUGACUCAUUUGACCUCCAUCUCGUCUCAUUUAAACUACAUAUUGACACAUUUAAACUGUCUUGAACUCUUUUUUUCACAGCCUCUAUGGAACUUGUAUGACAGAAUGUACUGACUCACUGACUCAAAAACAACUGCCCCAAAAAAUGAUAAGACGAUUACCUGUAAAAACUGUUUUUUUUUUUGUUUGUUUGUUUUUUUGCUUGUGUAUUAUGUGAUGGAAGAAUUCUGAACAUCUGUACUACUAACACAAGAACUACAAAAGUGGUGAAUAAAAAUUAGGUUUUUAAAAUGUUGGGAGUACUCCUUUAACUCUUAGUGUUAUGGAAGAGAGACACAUUGACUCAGUGGCUUAAGAGAGACAAUUAUAGUCACACACACACACACACACACACACAGGCGCCAGUGUUUGUGUUUCAGCUUUUGGGGGCGAUGCCAAACCUGACAUCAGACUCACUGGAGCAUUCUCUCCCUCUCUCUCUCUCUCUCUCUCUCUCUUUCUCUCUCUCUCAGACACACACAUACACACAGUUUUCAUUACGUGUCGUUUGUUUGUUGUCCUGAUGUACAGUAGAUGUACAGUGCCUUUAAGAAGAAGAGCAAGAGACUUUUAGGGAACUCAUGGGGUCUCUGUUUUUUUCACUUCUGUAUUUCUUGGUGUGAGUUUCUGUGGUAGUUCACAUUUUUGCAUUUUGACAAAAGAUUCAAAAGUUCCAGAUGUUCCAGAUGUUUGAGUGUGUAUGUAAUGUUGAUACACAAUCUCUUGCUUUGAGUUUUUUUUUUUCUUCAGUUUUUCAAUAGUGUUACUUGUUCAUGCCCACAUCAGAGCAAAAUUGAGAAACCAGAAAUAAAAGGUCGCCCUUUACGCACAUCUGUCCAGCUGUUGGUAUAGAAGUUGCAAAUGCAUUUUUUUACAGUGUAUGUAAUAUUUACUGAAAUAAAGUUCUAUCAACCUAAA